CGUGAUACUAUGGCUGGAAUAAUUCACAACAAAUCCACAAAUUUGAAAUGGAAACUAGACAAUGUUUUUGUUCGUCCCGGACUUUUAGCAAUCGCAACUUGAUAAUAACCCAAGACAAACUGAAACGUCCAGUAGUUAACAUUUUCAUCUUGUGGGUUAGUUGUGGAAAGGGCUGAUUAAUCUCUGUGGUGUUGCAGCCCGUGGUUGCCCAUCAUGGCGUGGAGGACUGGCUGGGGAGGGUGGAGAGCGGGAUGAGGGCCACCCUCAAGCGGCUCAUUCUCAAGCACGUCAAGGACCAGCAGCUCCUGCAACGCUCUCAGGUACCACUGCAGGUCUUAGAUGUGUGUCGUCGUAUCCAGUGGGAUCGUCAGAUAACGGUGGCAUUCGAGGCGACUACUUCGUCAGGGACCAAACCUGACCUUCAGACGGUUGCGAGGAGCGUCGGGCAGGACCUGAAGACGCUGACGGGGUGGACGAGGAGGGUUCAGGAGGGCACCACGCCACUACGGGCAGCCCAGCUAGCAUACCUCACCGCUACCUUACUCGAGCUCAGAGACACUACGGCAGAGCUCCUGAAGGACAACCCCACCUCCAGGUCUGUACUAUCUUUCGUUAUUCGUAUGUUUAGUAAAGAAAAAUGCAACUGA